AUGAGCGGAAUAACUUAGUUAAAAUAAAAUUGCCCAUAGUUAAAUUAGGGUAUAUUGCCAAAUUAAUCUUAUAAUAAUCCAGGGCGCUUAGUUUUAUUCAAUAAUUAUUCUUAAAUUAAUAAUGUUUAAACCUAGCAACUCAUGAAAAUUCCAACAUAAUAGCCUUAUUAAGUUUAAACAAAUUAGAUUCGGUAGGUUUAAUAUGGUAUACCUUAAUUCAAAAAUAAAUCUAUUGAAUAGACAGCAUUGCCACAAAGAUUAUAUUAUCAAAUACAUCAAUGUUAACAAACACCAUAGUAGGUUUAGAAAAUAUAAUAUAUAACCUAAAAAUGUUAACCAAUUUAACAAAAUUAUAGUUAAAACCCUCAUUAAAGAUAGUAAUUAUAGUAUUAAUAGCAGCAAAUAUAAUCAUAAUUUACUAGUGAUAAAGUAAGUACUAAUUUUUAACCUAUAUUGCCAUAAUAGACAGUAGAUUACAGUAAAAUUGCUAAUUUACAGUAUAAUACAAUAUCACCUUUUGUAGGUUCUGUAAAAUCUAGUAGUCCUUUGAGAAUUCAUCAAAUAGAAAAGCUAACAUAACCAACAACAGCGAACACAGAAAUGACUUAUAGGGGUACUAUUUAGGAAAUCAAACCACUGAAUAUAAGCAGCUAUGGUGCGAUUUAAUGUUAAGAAAUAUUGAAAGGAGAUGGAAAUUAAACUGAUAGAAAUAAUUAAAUUGUUUGCCACACAUUUUAGAACGAAAUUUAAAACAAUGAUAGCUUUUUAAAUUAAAUUAAUAACAAUGACGCUUUAAAUGUCUCAUUUUCAAAAGAUAAAAAUAACAACGUGAAAGAGUCAGCUGGAGAUUUAGAAUCAAUUAGGAAGAGCUAUUAGAAUUCUCAUAACAAUAGUUUUCUAUUAUCUAACUUAUAAAAUGCUCCCCUCAUUUCUUCUCCUUAAAAGCAAAUAAAUUUUACACCUUCUUCAGUUAAGAAUAGUCCAGCAGUUAAGAUCAAUCAUUUUUUACCAAAUCUCACUCUAAUAAAUAAUCUAAAUGAAUAAUCAAAUCACUAUCCUACUCAUUAAAGAAGUAAAUCUGCUUGGAGCCCUUUAAAAUAAAAUAAAGAAUUUUAUUUAAAAUCUGAAGAGUUUUAAUUUUGCACUCCUAUGAAACAAAUGAAUUCGGAUUAAGUUUUAGAUAUUAAAAAUUCAACUCCCAAACAAGUAGAUUUCAAAGAAAACUAGUGCUAUUCUCAAUAAGGAAUAGCUUUUUCUCCAAUAAUAGGAAAAGUGAGCUUACAGUAUAUCUCUAAAAAUAAUCCUUAACCUCAUUUUAAUGAUUAACCUUCAUAAUUCCAUAAGACUCCUGAAAGAUCCAAAGACGCAGUUUCUUGUGUAUUCUUUAAUUAUGGAGAAAAGAAGAGACCGACUAAAAUAAAACUGAAAUAUACUCCUAUUGAAUAGAUUUUAACUCCAGACUAAUUACAAGAAUAUUAAACUAAGCAUCAAGAUUUAAAUCUUAUCUAAAAUAAGCCAGAAUCUCAGAUAAACAUUAGCUCCGAAGUAACUCCGUUAAAAGAAAAUAACUACUAAGAAUAAAAAAAGUAGUAAUAAAUUGUAAGUUUGAAUAACUAUUGCGAAAGCUAUGUUUCAACAAGCUAGGUAAAUACAGAAAGCAACUUAAACGACCAAAGAACAAACAAAAACAAUAAUUCUUCAAAUAAAUUUCAAAGCUGCUUGUACGCAAAUGAAUUAGUAUCAAGUGUUUAUUCUUGA